AUGGCUGAGCCAUCUUUCUCUUCUCGGUCCAGUGUUGAACCAAGCAGCAGCCCGAGCAGCCCGUCGCCAUCACCCGCCCCCACGCCGCCAGACCGGCCCAAGAAGCGGACGAGAGCGAGCAAACCCAAGGGGAAGCCGGCCUGUUUCCGAUGCACCUCAACAGGCCGGACCUGCGACGGGUACGACCAGGCGGUCCUCGCCCGGACCCGCCCCGUCGAUUCGGGCCAGCACGCCGAGCGGGCAAGGGCCGAGUUCGUCCGGACGUGCGAGUGGAACGAAACUCUCCGGUCCAUGCGGCGCAUCGAGGACAGCAUCGACGGCACCGACACCGAGAAGAGACUGUUCGCCCGCUUCCGAGCCGCCACCGCCGACGGCGUCGCUGCCCACUUGUGUCCCUUCUCAGCCUUCUGGCGGAGACUGAUGCCGGCAACAUGCUGCCAGGACGAGGCCAUCAAGCACGCAGUGGUGGCUUUGGCCGCCGCCUACCAGCUGUUCCAGUAUCCGAACGAGCCCGUCAUCGACGGCUUUACCCGGGGAGACCUCAAGGUCUUCACAAUCCAGCAGUACAACCGGUCGAUCGAGCUGCUACAAAACCACGCUGCCAUCUCCGCCUCGGAAAGCAUCCGCGUGACGCUCGUGUGCUGCCUCGCCUUCAUCUCCCUCGAGACCCUGCGCGGGAACCACGGCGUGGCCGUCAGCCAUCUCAUCAACGGCCUCCGCAUCCUGCAGACCCUCCCCGACUCCGCCCUUGUCGGUCCCGUCGAUGGCUCCCUCUUCGCCAGCCGACCAGAAGCAGACUCCCUCCACAUGCCCGACAUCAUCCAGCUCUUCGCCCAGCUCGAGCUGGCCGCCUGCUUCUUCGCCCGCGGCAUCCAGCCGGUGAUCUCAUUCCGCGGGUACUGCACCCGCCGCUUCGACGACGGCGCCAGCAGCGGCGGCCCCUUCACUGACGCAGCCCAAGCACGCAACGCAAUAUCCUGCUUUCUGCACGACGCCGUGGCCCGCCUGUACGAG